GCCAAGGUGUGAUGAUGAUCAAAGAUUUCAUUUUCAUAUAUAGUUGAUAGAUCAGUUUAUUAGCAUUGCAGUUUUACCAAAUUAAUUGAUUCGUGACAUAUGUCUUUGCCUUUCCUAACUUACAUAUAGUUUGUUGCAUUUGGAAACUAAAGCUGAAAAUCGGGAAUUUACAUUAUAGAUAUGUGAUAUAAAUAUCAUAUGAUAUAAUUCUUUGCAGAUAUUGAUGAGUGCACGGCUUUAAACCCCUGCAAUGGACUGAAUGAAGUAUGUAUUAAUUCACUAGGGAAUUACUCUUGUUUAUGUCGCAAUGGCUACAAAAACAAUGGCCCGAAUGGAAAGUGCAUCAAAGACAAUUCCAGCGACCGUCUCCUGCUCAUAAUUCUUUCAUUGGGAAUUUCUGUAGGCCUAUUUGUGAUUUUAUUAGUUGGAAGUUUAUGGAUGUAUUGGGGACUGAAGAAAAGGAAGUUCAUAAAACUCAAAGAGAAGUACUUUACAGAAAAUGGUGGUUUAUUGUUAAAACAAAAACUCACUAGUCAAGGAGGAUCUGUUGAGACAACCAAACUAUUUACUGCAGAAGAACUUGAGAAGGCCACAAACAAUUACCAUGAAAGUAGAAUCCUUGGUGAAGGAGGGUAUGGAACAGUUUACAGAGGCAUAUUACCAGAUAACCAAGUGGUUGCAAUAAAAAAGUCCAAAGUUGGUGCCCCGACUCAAACUGAUCAGUUUGUUAAUGAGGUGAUUGUUCUUUCUCAAGUCAACCAUAGAAAUGUAGUAAGGCUAUUAGGUUGUUGUUUAGAGACAGAAGUCCCUUUACUAGUAUACGAGUUCAUCACCCAGGGCACUCUCUUUGAGCACAUUCACAAGAAAAAGGGUAAAGGGUCAUCACUUUCAUGGGAACUCCGAUUGAAGAUAGCAUCAGAAACUGCAGGAGCACUAGCAUACUUGCACUCCUCCACUUCCACACCAAUCAUACACCGAGAUGUGAAAACAAUGAAUAUACUAUUAGAUGACAAUUACACAGCCAAAGUGUCAGAUUUUGGAGCUUCACGUUUCAUUCCUAUUGAUCAAACUCAACUAGCAACAAUGGUGCAAGGCACAUUUGGAUACUUGGACCCUGGAUACUUCCAUUCAAAUCAACUAACAGAAAAGAGUGACGUCUAUAGCUUUGGAGUGGUUCUAGCAGAGCUACUCACAAGUAAAGUGGCAUUUUCUUUUGCAAGGGCUGAGGCAGAGAGAUGCCUUGCACACUUUUUUGUUUGUUCGGUGGAAGAUGGUCACUUGAACCAAAUUCUAUAUGAUGGCAUUAUUAAGGAAGGAGAUAUUGACCAGAGAGUAAUAGAAAAUGUGGCCCAUCUUGCAAGAAGAUGUUUGAGGGUAAAAGGGGAGGAAAGGCCUACCAUGAGAGAAGUAGCCAUGGAGCUAGAAGGAAUGAUUAUGACAAAGCAUCCACGGGGUUCUGCAGAUCAUUACUUCCCAGAAGAGACUACGCACUUGCUCGGAUCACCUAAUACUUCCAAGGAUUAUGUUGUGAAUUUUGACGGUGAUGGUGGUCCUGGU